AUGAAUUCAUUAAUGUCAGCUUUAGCUCUUUCUGCUCUAAGCCCACGAAUUUCUGCAACUCAACAACUUCCUUCUUCUCAAAAUUUUCAUCAUUCAUCAAAAUGCUCUCUUCAAACCUCUUCUUCCCUUAUUUCAGUGCCUCACAGUCACACCAAUUCUUCCUUGGAUGCUUUAUCAGCAAUUCAAGAAUCUGGGAUUAUCGCUUGCCUCCGCGCUGAUAGUGCAGAGCUGGCAUUUCAAGCUGCAUGUGCUGCUUUAGAUGGUGGAGUGACCGCGCUGGAAAUUGUAAUGUCCAAUCCGGGUGUUUUUGAGGUCUUGGAGAAGCUAAUUGAGUUUUACCCAACAAGAACUUUUGGUGUUGGAACAGUUUUAAAUCCUGUAGAUGCUAAUACUGCUAUUAAAUUUGGAGCUAAGUUUCUUAUGAGUCCAGCAAUGGUGAAGGGUAUUCUAGACUAUGCUUCCUGCUGUGAAGUGCUAUACAUACCUGGGGCCAUGACUCCAACAGAGAUAUUAUCCGCAUUCGAUGCUGGAGCAAAAUUGAUCAAGGUAUACCCUGUGUCCUCAAUUGGUGGCGUUCAAUACAUAGGAGCUCUAAGAAAGCCUUUCCCGCACAUUCCAUUGGUUGCAUCUCAAGGCAUUACAUUGGAUUCAGUUUUUGAAUAUAUUGCCCAAGGUUCAGCAGCCGUGGUUUUAUCAGAUGCUAUAUUCGAUAAAAAAGCUAUGGCUGAAAGAAAUUUUGAGGCCAUAUACCAGUUUUCACGAUCUGCUGUAUUGUUUGCUAACAGGGCGCUGAAAAGGAAACAGAGAAAUAUGCGGUAA